AUGAUUGAUGGACACACGGAAAUCCAUGUCAAUGGGACAAAUAACACCAAUGGCAACUCUGAUAGACGCGCUAUUAAUGGUGAAAGUGGGAUAACGAAUGGCAAUAUGAUAAUGGAUGUUGAGGGCUCGAUAGAAACUAAUGAAAAAGUACGAGAUAUAGGCGUCGAGCCUAUCGCUAUUGUCGGCAUGGCUACCCGACUUCCUGGUGGAGUUCAUUCUCCAGAAUCGUUCUGGGAUCUUCUCGUCAACAAAAAAAACGCACGUUGUGAUGUUCCAAAAGACAGAUGGAACAGUGAAGCAUACUACAAUAAACACCGUAAACACGACACAAUGGUAGCCAACUCCGGAUACUUUUUGGAAGAACUCGACUUGGGUGAUUUUGAUGCAGCGUUCUUCAAUCUAUCAAAGGCUGAGCUGGUCAGACUUGAUCCUCAGCAGAGGCUUCUUCUGGAGGUAACAUGGGAGUGCUUGGAAUCGGCAGGUCAAACCAAUUGGCGGGGCAAAAACAUCGGUUGUUAUGUUGGAACUUUUGGAGAAGAUUGGCAUGAUAUUCAGCAAAAAGACCCCCAAGAUACUGGCAUUUACAGACUCACUGGCCAUGGUGACUACGUUAUUCCAAAUCGUGUAUCUUAUGAGUUUGACUUCAAAGGGCCAAGGUAAGCUACAGAAAAUCGCUUGUUCCUGCUUUUUCGAUCAACGGUCGCCCAGCUAAUCGACGGACAUGACAGCAUGGCAUUUAAAACGGCAUGUUCUUCCAGUUUAAUAGCAAUACACACUGCAUGCGCUGCCAUUCGAAAUGGCGAUUGCGAGAGCGCGGUGGUAGGUGGAACAAAUUUGAUUAUAGGGUAAGCAUCAAUGGCAAUUCAUUUUUUAUCACCCUGACUUCUUCAACGGGGGUAGAGACCAACUAACACCUCUGCAGUCCAGGAAUGUCCAUCAGCAUGACAGAGCAAGGUAAGCUUCAUUCUGGGCCCAUUUCUUAAAAUCAUCUUGGAGAUCCCUCCACGUUUUAUGAAAACGUUUUGCCUUGUUUGUAAUCAAAAAGGAAACUGACUCCGAGGCAACAGGAGUAAUUUCUCCGUCGGGACAGUCAAGAUCAUUCGACGCCAGCGCGGAUGGAUAUGCUCGAGGUGAAGCCAUUAAUGCCAUCUAUAUCAAGGUACGUACUCUCUCCAUGUUUCUUAUUCUCGUGCAGGUCUAAGAGAACUGAACCCCUUCCUUUACUACAUUAUAUGCAGUUUUUAAACUUCCAUGGUCGUACAUAUAAAGAUUCCUGAAUUCGGUAGGGCUGACCGCAUCAUCUACAGAAAUUGAGUGACGCAAUCAGGUUUGUUGCUAGCACCCACAAUCAGCUCAGCUAUCAUUUUUGAUAUAGUGACCAAUCCGAAUUAACAAAUCAUUCCAGGGAUGGCGACCCAAUCAGAAGUAUCAUCAGAGGCUCCGCAACGAACAGCGACGGCAAAACCACAGGUAUCUCCUACCCCAACACCGAAGCCCAUGAAGCCGUUAUUCGAAAGGCGUAUCAGCAAGCGGGUAUCGAGGAUUUCUCUCAAACCGCUAUGGUCGAGUGCCACGGCACAGGGUAAGUAAUAAGUUCCAGAUUUCUUCAUUCAGGUCUCGGACACGACAAAAAAUGGCGCGCUAAUAUAAGUGUUCUGCCAGUACUCCAGUCGGGGAUCCUUUGGAAGCGAAUGCUGUUGCCAGAGUAUUUGGAAAGAAUGGAGUUAUCAUUGGCUCAGUAAGUUUAUCCUGUUUAGCUGUUCCCACCCUGCAUUGGAAUCAUGGGACUUAAAGCCAUAUUGUACUUGCUAGACGUCAACUUGACAACUUGGCGUUGUCUGUUGCCUGAGCUAGCUUUUGAAGAAUCAAGUGAUAUACAAUUAUAAUGCUUAGGAACUUUCUUUUGUUUUUGGAUUACUUGAAGCUAGUACUACCAAAGGAUCCUUUCACCCCUGGAAACAAUCAAAGCAAAGCACACUCGCUAAAUCUUUAAUAGGUCAAACCAAAUGUGGGACAUGGUAAGUCAUCUUUACAAAAUUACAAAAAGCCCUUUUACACCGGCGCGAAAAAACCCGUUGGCCUCUAGGAAAGAAAUAAACUAAACGAUAUACAGGAGAGGGUGCCUCCGGGUUGACCAGUACCAUUAAAAUGGUCCUAGCAUUGGAGAAGAACACCAUCCCACCAAACAUGCUAUUCAACACACCGAAUCCUAAGAUCCCCUGGGAGAGUGCUAAGCUUUCUGUCGCGAAGGAAGCCAGUCCAUGGCCAGCCUCAGCUCUUCAGAGAGUCAGUGUAAACUCAUUUGGAAUUGCAGGCGCAAACGCUGUAAGUAAUAACCUCCAAUUUCCCCAUAGAAAGCAAGUUGACAAAUCAACAGCAUAUCAUCAUGGAUUCUGCGGCAUCAUUCGGUGUGGGUAGAUCUGCUAGUUCCAAAGCCACUACAUCUCGUCCAGAAUUGCUUGUUUUCUCAGCCAAUCAUAUGGAGUCUCUCAAGAAAACCACAGGGAAUUACCAGAGAUUUGUUGGAACCAGCGAUGUGGCUUUAGACGACCUUGCUUAUACAUUGAAUUCACGACGAAACCACUUGUUAUAUCGAACAUUCGCUGUUACAGACGGAAAGGAUACAAUGGAGUUCCCCGCUCCAACUAAGAGUGGCUCUCCACCGAUACUCAUCUGGGUAUUUACAGGCCAAGGAGCACAGUGGGCAGGUAUGGGCCGAGAACUGUUUGAGCACUACCCCUCAUUUUGUGAUGAUAUUCGGGAAAUGGACGCAGUUCUUGCUAGCUGUCCGCAUCCACCAUCAUGGACCAUCGAAGGUAUGCUUCUUCUCUCCUCAAGUAAGAACUUAGACUUUCUAACAGAACAAGCGGAACUUCUGAAACCCCAGGAGUCAAGCUCUCUCGAUAAAGCAGAAUUCUCGCAGCCACUAUGCACGGCAAUCCAAAUUGGGAUCGUCAAUUUCAUGCGAUCAUGGAAAGUGACACCACGUUGCGUCGUCGGUCACAGUUCUGGAGAAAUUGCAGCAGCUUAUUCCGUCAACGCAAUUACAGCCAAAGAGGCAAUUCUCAUUGCAUACUACCGUGGCCAGGUCACAAAAAGUAAGACUCAGCCAGGUGGAAUGGCAGCAGUCGGUCUUGGUCGAGAAGUAGUUACACCAUAUCUAACGACUGGUGUCGUGAUCGCAUGCGAGAACAGCCCAGAAAGCGUGACGAUAUCUGGAGACUUAGACAAACUUCAAGAAGUAAUGGCUGCUUUGAAAGAAGCUAAGCCAGAAGCUUUCGUUCGCCUUCUCAGAGUGGAGAAAGCAUACCAUUCUCGUAAGUUGCUUGAUGGGAUUUUAUUGACAGCCUACUGAUAGUAUUAGAUCAUAUGAAAGCGUACGGAGAGGAGUACCAAGCACUUCUACAAGACAAGGUUACUAGUCGUCAGCCCACGAUCCCGAUGAUGUCCAGUGUCACUGGGAAGCCCAUUACCCAAGCUGGCAAACUCGACGCGGAAUACUGGAGGGCCAAUCUGGAAUCUCCAGUUCUCCUCCACACGGCUAUAAACAACAUCUUGAAUCCCAGCAUGCAACGAAGUGUGUUUUUAGAAAUAGGGCCCCAUGCCGCAUUAGCAGGUCCAUUGCGACAAAUCUUCAAAGCUUCGAGUGUGAACCCAAACUACGUCCCCACACUUCAAAGAAAUGCCAAUGCCACAAAAAGUCUUCUAUCUGCGAUUGGUCAUCUUCACUGUCACUGCUAUGAAGUCGAUUUCCUGGGUACAAACCCAAGCAGAAACGUUCUUACAAAUCUCCCAUCUUACGCAUGGCAUUAUGAGUGCAAAUAUUGGAAGGAAAGUCGUAUUUCUAAAGCUUACCGUAUGAAGGAAUUUCCUCAUCACGAUACGCUUGGAAGUCGUGUCGCUAUGGCCAAUGAUUUCACUCCCACUUGGCGAAAUAUUAUCAGUCUUGACAAUGUCCCUUGGAUUGAGGAUCACAAGCUCCAUACUGAUAUUGUAUUCCCCGGUGCUGGUUACAUUGCCACGGUUGGGGAAGCGAUUCGUCAACUUACCGGGCUAGAAGACUAUACCGUCAGAAAUGUUACCAUCAGUGCUGUAAGUUGACAUACAACCUCUCUAUAUCGAUGUUUACUAAUAUCUAACCACUGAAGGCCAUGGUCUUCCCUGAUUCGAGAGAAUUGGAGAUGAUGACUUACCUCUCCCCAAGCCGAGUCACUGUCAGCUUAGACUCUGUAUGGCACGAUUUCACAAUUUCAUCUUACAGCGGUACCUCAUGGACAAAGCACUGUAUCGGUCAAGUAAGAGGUGGUUCGGAAACAGAAGUUACAACCCACGUCGAAAUUCCAGAUCUACCAAGAAAAUUACCUAGUCCAAGGUGGUACCAAACAAUGUCCAAUGUCAGCCUCAAUUAUAGCGGCAGCUUUGUUGGCUUGAAACAAAUCUCUGCCGGGGUUAAGGGAAAUAUCGCUGCUGCCAGCGUCAUGGACGAGUGCAAGGUCACGGAAUCCCAUUAUGCCCUCCAUCCAGCAACCAUUGAUCUUUGUAUUCAACUCUUCAGUGUGGCGCUUGCGAAAGGCCAAACACGUGUUUUCGAUCACCUCUGUAUACCCACUUACAUCGAAGAGUUAUACAUUCGACCCAGCGCCAAGGAGAUACGUCUACAGGCUCAAACGACUUCCAAGCAAAACGUGAUUACUGGUAAUGCAUAUGGAACCGUAGAUGGCGAGACUGUUCUUGAACUGAAAGGCUUGAGACUUUCACCCGUGGAAGGAGAAGCGAACCCCGAUGCUGAUCCUCACGCGGGAGUCGAGCUCGUAUGGAAACCCGAUAUCGAUUUCUUGGAAGACAAAAACUUGAUAAGAGUUUCCAAAAGCGCCCGGGACGUGCAUGUUCUCGUUGAGAAACUGGCUGUGUUGUGCAUUCUAGAGACCAGCGCUCAACUUACCAGUGCCAAUUGCAGGCCCGAGGAUGAAUGCUUCAUCAAAUUCGCGACAUGGAUUAAAGAACAGAAAUUGCGAAUUCUUAGCGGUGAUUACCCAUUGGUUCCAGAUAUUGCUGAACUGUCGAAUGUUGACGAGGGCACUCGGAUGGUUAUGAUUCGCAGCAUCUACGAGGAAACACAGAAGACCGAUGGUGCAGCAGUCGGCGAAGCCUUGCUCCGAACUCUUGAGAACUUUGAAAAGAUUCUUAGUGGCACAGUUGAUCCUAAGGAUUUGCUUCUUGAAGAAGACCUGUUCACCCGAGUAUAUGGAUUUGCCGGUACUUGCGAUCACAAAGAGUUUUUUAACCUUUUGACGCACAGCAAACCACACUUGAACAUUCUCGAAAUCGGAGCUGGAACUGGAACCGCUACCGAGACAAUCUUGAGAAAUCUGGAAUCGGAAUAUGGCGAGCGUUUGUAUCGCAAGUACACAUACACAGACAUCUCAGCAGAUUCAUUUGAUACGGCAAAGAACAAGUUCCAGAGUUAUGCAGGUAUAGAUUAUGCCGUUCUUGACAUUAGCAAAGACCCAAUCGAGCAGGGAUUUGAGGCCAACUCUUAUGAUCUGAUUAUUGCUAGCAAUGUAAGUGUACCCGUUUGCUUUUUGGAAUUCCUUACUGAAGAUACAUGAAGGUCAUUCAUACUAGUCCAAGUAUCAUAGAGUCUCUUACCAACAUUCAUAAAUUACUCAAUCCACAUGGUCGUUUGUUCAUGCAGGAACUUUGCCCAGGUAAGCCACCCGUGCUGAUUUCUAGACUGACGGCUAAACUGGAACUCACAGAAACCAAAUGGGUCAACUAUAUAAUGGUAGGCUACUCUUUCUAUGAGCUGUAGCCGGUUGCUAACAUAUUUUGAAGGGCUUGUCUGCAGGUUGGUGGUCAGAUGAAACUAAAAACCGAAUUGGAGCGCCCUUCAUCUCAACAAAACGAUGGGAUGAAGAACUACGAAAUGCCGGAUUCUCUGAAGCUGAGACUGUAGUCCAUGAUAACGAGAAACCAUACCAAAUUAUUGCAAACAUCAUAGCAUGUCCCGUGGUCACAGCCUCUAUCACCAAGAAAGUAACACUUCUCUACGCCGACGCUAUCGGGUCUGCAUUACGAGAAGUAGAAUCAACCCUUAUUUCGAAUGACUAUGAAGUUGCAGUCUGCCAAUUUCCUCAAGCACCACCACCAGGUCAAGACAUCAUAUCCUUGAUAGACCUUGAACGUCCAUUCUUCACCGAUAUCUCAUCAGACCGAUUUUCUCAAUUCGUAGAGUUUACAGCAUUGGUAGAGAGUCUUCAAGUGGGAGUUCUAUGGGUCACAAAAGCAUCGCAAAUGAAUUGCGUCGACCCAUCUUAUGCUCCAGUCAUCGGGAUAGCCAGAACGAUCCGAUCCGAAGUUGGAAUUGCUUUUGCAACGCUGGAAAUUGAAUCUGUUGACUCUGAAACUUGGACACCUCUAUGCCAAGUAUAUCAGAAAUUCCAGCGCCGGACGAAGGACGAGGAAGUUGAUUGUGAUUCCGAAUUUGCGUUAUCCGAGGGUAUCAUCUAUACCAGUCGCUUCCAUUGGCUUUCCGUCUCAAAGGAACUCGCUCAAACCGCAGUCUCUGAGAUCCCCAAGAUCUUGGAAAUAGAGAAGAAAGGACAACUUUCAACUCUCCAUUGGCUUCACGUUCCUAACCGGGAACUAGCUCCAGAUGAAGUCCAAGUCGAAUGUCGCGCUGUCGGCAUGAAUUUCAAGGACGUCCUCAUCGCCAUGGGGAUCGUCGAGGGACAACUGGCGGACAGCAGUGGUCUUGGCUGCGAGUGCGCAGGCGUCAUCUCCAAGGUAGGAAGUGCAUGUAAGACUUUGACACCCGGGGAUAGAGUCAUGCUCUUCACACCAGGAGCACUUGCCACGAGUCUGGUGCUAAGGGAAGAGCUUUGCGCCAAGAUUCCAGAUAGUCUCAGUUUCGAGGAUGCGGCUACGAUACCUUGUGUCUAUGGUACCGUCAUCCAUUCCCUCUUGAAUCUUGGGAGACUCGAGAAAGGCCAAUCGGUUCUCAUACACUCGGCAACUGGUGGUGUUGGUAUUUCCGCCAUACACAUUUGCAAGUAUUUCGGAGCGGUGAUUUACGUCUCUGUCGGCACGGAAGAAAAAGUCAAAUAUCUUAUGGAUACAUUCGAUAUCCCCCGUACCCACAUCUUCAACUCCCGAGACUCAUCGUUCAUCACUGGCGUAAUGCGAGAAACAAACGGUCGAGGUGUAGACCUAGUUCUCAACUCCCUCUCAGGCGAUCUGCUUCACACAUCCUGGAAAUGCGUCGCUGCAUACGGCAAGAUGCUUGAAAUUGGCAAACGAGAUUUCAUUGGAAGAGGAAAACUCACCAUGGAUCUCUUCGAAGCGAAUCGAUCCUUUUUCGGUAUCGAUACCCAGAAACUUUGCGUCGAGAAGCCCGAGAUGAUUGGCAAACUCCUCGAGCAGGGGUUGGAUUUAUAUGAGAAGGGAGGACUCAAGCCACUACGCCCGAUCACGUACUUUGAUGCGACUCAAGUAGAGGAAGCUUUCAGAUUCAUGCAGCGAGGAGAACAUAUGGGAAAGAUUGUGGUCAAGAUGCCGAUUGAUAAAGCCAUUUUACCAGCGGUUCCUAUGCCCAAGGAUCUCAUGCUUCGGCCUGGUGCCUCUUACCUCUUGGUUGGUGGCUUAGGAGGACUUGGACAGGCUGUGUCAACUUGGAUGGCUGAAAAUGGUGCCAAGAACCUCAUUUACCUUUCCCGAAGUGCUGGUAAGACUGAGAGAGACCAGAUUUUCAUCAAGGAGCUCGAAGCGUAUGGAUGUUCGGUACAAACAUUUGCCGGCAGCGUUUCUGAGCUUAGUGAUGUUGAAAAUGUGGUCAAGAACGCUGCAAUGCCAAUCGCAGGAGUCAUGCAAAUGUCGAUGGUUUUAAGAGUAAGUAACAGAACCCAUUCCUCAGCAAACUCCCUACUAACAAAACCAGGAUGGAGCAUUCUCUCAAAUGUCCUUCGACGACUGGCAAACAGUCAUAUCGCCAAAAGUCCAAGGAACAUGGAAUCUCCACAAAGCACUAGGUUCUCUCGACUUCCUCGUCCUAUUCAGUUCCAUCUCCGGUCUAGUCGGUCAAAUAGGACAAGCCAACUACGCCGCAGCCAACACCUUCCUCGACGCCUUUGUCCAAUACCGACACCAUCUCAACCUCCCCGCCUCAGUCCUCGACAUCGGCGCCGUCUUCGACGUAGGCUACGUCUCGGAAAACAAGAUGGUGCUCGAAACCUUCCUGAGCUCAGGCGUCUACGGGCUCAAAGAAAAGGACCUCCUCGACUCCCUCCAUCUAAUGAUCAACCGUUCCAGUCCUUCGAAAUCCACACAAGCGAGUUUCUGCAACCACGGCCAAGUAGGCAUCGGUUUCCGGUCCACAAAACCCAUCACCGACCCCCAGAAUCGAAACAUCUGGAAGCGAGACCCGAGAAUGAGCAUCUACCGCAAUCUCGAAACGGUUUCUGACGUUUCCGUGGCAUCAACUAGUAGUGCUCUCUCCCAAUUCCUAAGCAACGCACGGAGCACGCCUUCAGUCCUGGAUCAAAAAGAGAGCAUGGUGUUUCUGGCUACAGAGAUUGGACUGCAAUUAUUUAGUUUCUUGAUGCGGUCAGAGGAUGAAUUAGAUAUUAGCAUGAGUUUGACGGCUGUCGGGUUGGAUAGUUUGGUCGCUAUUGAGAUGCGGAACUGGUGGAGGCAGAAUUUAGGGUUUGAUGUUACGGUGUUGGAGAUUUUGGCGGCGGAUAGUAUUGAGCAGCUGGGAGAGUUGGCUGCGGGAAGACUCAAGGCCAAGUACGAUCCGAGUGAUGUUUGA